AGGUCUCCUUGUUGUCUUUUGGCGAGGCCUUGUUGGACAAGGCCUUAUUUUUGAAUGCCAACUUAACAUUGAAUGCCAAGUCACCUUUGAAUGCGAAGUCGUCUUUGAAUGUUAACUUAACAUUGAAUGCCAAGUCACCUUUGAAUAACAACUUAACUUUGAAUGCCAACUUAACUUUGAGUAACAACUUAACUUUGAAUGCCAAGUGCAACUCUAAGUCUGAAACAGUUUCAAUUAACAUUAAUAUUCAACAUGGACGGCACACAAGGCAUUGA